CUCUAACUCCGAUCACGAUGUCACUGUCGGCUACAAGGGAGCGUCGUGCAAACGCGGGUAACCGCAUGCACUCUCUUGUUCUCCAGCAACAGGAUUCCCUUUUUGAGGAAGAUGUGCUGGACGAUGUUGAGGAAUACAUCGUAGAAGAACAGGAGGAUGUGUUUGACGAGGACUUUGGCAGCACCGAUGAGGAAGACGCUGUUGACGAGGAAGCUAUUGUCCAUGCCGAAGAGAAAGCUACGCGACAGAAAAGAAGAAAAGUAGUCACAAGCAUAAGUACUCGCUCCAAGAGAAGCGCGGGGGAAACACUGCGGACUGUGUCCUCAAGUUUGCAAACAAGUUCGAAUGCAGCACAAAGUCCCGCAACCCCUAGCCGAGAAACGAGAGAAAAGAAGAGAAGCGCAAGAGAAGUAUUGCAAACGCCGUUGCUUCGUUCCGUACGACAGUCGAACCGGUCCUCAACGGUCGCAUCAAAACGCCAGUUACAACAAAAACUUCUAGAAGACCAAAAACGUAGAGCUCUCCUCCCACAGCGCCCGCGAAUGGUUGAUGUUGAGAUGACCCAGCAGGAGAAGCUGGCGGAGGCGAAGGAAACGGAACGCCUAAAUUUGGCUAGUUUACAAAACAUAAUUCAGAUGGAAGAGGAGAAUCGUCGAAAACGGGCGCAGACGGUGGCCGAACGGGUUGGCCCUGUGAUACGAUUCCGAUCCUUUCGAGUGAAGCUUGUGGAAGAGGUUAGUAGCGAGGCCAAAGAGUGUGCUACCUCGUCUACUGGGACGAAAGAUAGUUACGAAAGAGAAGGCGACUCUCUGGAUGUCACUGGUGUACAUAUAACCGACGAUAAUCUUCGGGGACUGGAGGACAACUCUGACCGUGAGCAACUGCCACAGCAUACAAGAAUGGACGUCGGUGAAGGACCAAAACAGCCUUUAGAGCGCUUUGGAGCCUGCAACUUGAUGAUUUUCGAGCGAUUCGACCAUGACCCAUUCGAAGCCUGGGCCGAUAGACCACAAUAUCCUGUCAAAGCAACCUGCCCCUUUACUGGCCUGCCAGCUCGUUACCGAGAUCCUAGGACGUCAAUACCAUAUGCAACAAAGGGAGCGUACAAAACUCUGCAACGCGUGUUAAACCAGGAAUAUGCCUGGAGUCCGGUGUUACGUGCUUAUAUGCACGCCUUCAAUGCAAAGGUUCCACAAACGGUUCCCAAUAAAUGGUUUGAAUCGACUCUGGGAGUAGCUGUAGAGCGAGAAGAAAAACCCAAACCCAAGAAGCCUCCAGCGAAACCAGAUCAGGGACAUGGAACGGACAGCGUAUUCCCGCACAAUCAGGUUUCCCGUCCCAGCCCAGCCCUUGGUGUCAUGUCGGGCACCCAGAUACCGGUCUUCAACCCAGUAAUGAGCCUCACGCCGGGUAUUCCGGCCCCUGGCCUCAUCCCAGCGACUGAUCACUUCCGGAGGACGCAAUUAUCUGAGCUGAGCCCCGCGGCUCCCCCCGUACCGGUGACUCAGCCCAGCCCAGCAACUGGUCUAACAUCGGACACUCAUUUAGCAAAGCCUAGCCCAGUGAUUGUUUUGACGAGUGAGGAGCCGACUAAAGGGCCCGCGUACAAUGCAGCUGUAGGUCAACCUAAGCCAUAUGACUCUGACAGCGGAGUAGGUGAUGCGGAGGUGAUCAACGUCGAUGUAUGAACUCUCGAUACCCUUUUCCUGUACAUAAUUUUUAUUGGCCAUGAGGGUUCUCGCGCCUGCCAUAUACAAUAGAUAUUCAAUCAACUUCAGGUUGAUUCCACAAGCA